AUGGCGGUCAAUAAACAGUCCAGCAAGCCUAUAGCCUUCGAAAACUCGAAUGAUCCUAUUACACACUCAGAGGCCGCCACUAAGUACAGACGUCCCCGUCGUGGUUCACAUGAUGACAAAGCCACUAAGCCAAGGCGGUUCCUUAUUGACGUCGAAGCGACUCAGAAGCUGAUCUUGGAACAGGAGGAUACAGAUGGUGACUUUCAGAUUACAGUUAAUGAUGUUGGUCCAAAGGUCAUCACUCUAGGCACUGCAGAUUCGGCUGGAUUCAAAAAGUAUGACAUUCGUGGAACGUACAUGCUUAGUAAUCUGCUUCAGGAGUUAUCGCUAGCGCAGGAUUAUGGCCGUAAAUACGUGGUAUUGGACGAGGCUCGGUUGAACGAAAACCCUGUCGAUCGGCUCUCACGCAUGAUCCGUCAUCAUUUCUGGGAUGGACUCACUCGACGUAUUGAUGCAGAAGGUUUAGAAAUGAUUGCAAAUGACCCUAAAACCCGAUCCAAGAAUACUGCGCCACGGAUUUAUAUCCCUCAUGGAGAGAAUGAGGUGUUCGAGUAUUACAAAAAUAUUUCUAUUCAGAAACCCCAUCUUAAACUCGAUGUAGAGCAAUUGCCAGAGUUCAUCACACCCAAGUACGUUCAGUCAAUCAACGAGAAACCUGGCAUUUUAGCUUUGGCUAUGACAAGGUUCGUAGACGAGGAAGGUUUGGACACGUUGAAGGGCGUUCCAUUUGUAGUCCCGGGAGGUCGUUUCAACGAGAUGUAUGGAUGGGACUCUUACUUUGAAUCCUUGGGCUUGCUAGUAGAUGGGCGGUUGGAGCUGGCGAAGGGUAUGGUGGAUAAUUUUGUGUAUGAGAUUCAGCAUUACGGCAAAAUCUUGAAUGCCAACCGUAGCUACUACUUGACCAGAACUCAACCUCCAUUUUUCACCGAUAUGAUGCUUAAGGUCUACGAUCGUCUUCCAUUCAGUCUUGAGAUCGAAAACAAGCAAUGGCUUGCUGUUUCGUUGACGGCAGCCAUUAAGGAGUAUCUGACUAUUUGGAUGUCUCAGCCUCGGUAUGAUCCAGUGUCGGGACUUUCGCGUUAUUACAGUGAGGGCGUAGGCAUGCCACCAGAGACAGAAUCGACCCAUUUCGACCAUGUGAUCAAACCCUUUGCUGACGCAAGAGGAUUAUCUAUCGAGAAGUAUUGCGACAUGUACAACAGUGGAGAGUUACAUGAGCCAGAACUGGAUACGUACUUUAAGCACGACCGCGCAGUCCGCGAGUCUGGUCACGACACCACUUACCGCCUAGACAACUGUUGUGCAGACAUUGCGACUAUUGAUCUGAACGCCUUGCUGUUCAAGUAUGAGAUGGAUAUUGCAGAGACAAUCCAGACAAUUUUUGGAGACACAUUUGAGACCCCAUUCUUUAGUAGCUAUGAAACCCGCAAUGUAAAAUGUAAGGAUCGGCCUUCAUCGGUCACUCAUACCUCUGCCGAAUGGUUUGAACGUGCCCGUGCCCGUCAAGAAAAAAUUAAUCAGUACUGUUGGAAUGAAGAGAAAGGGAUGUUCUUCGAUUAUAAUACACGCCUGAAGACUCAAAGUACCUAUGAGAGUGUUACAACUUUUUAUACCAUGUGGGCCGGAUGCGCCGACCGUACAAAGGCUGAGAAAAUGAUGGUUACGGCCCUUCCUUUAUUUGAGGUUACUGGAGGAUUAGUGUCUGGGACAGAGGAAUCCAGGGGCAUUAUUACCUUAUCUCGUCCUAAUCGCCAGUGGGACUUUCCAUUUGGUUGGGCACCUCAUCAGAUUAUUUCCUGGAUUGGUUUUGAGAAAUACGGAUUCAUGGAGGAAGCUAAGCGCUGCUGUUACCGCUGGUUGUACACUAUCACGAAAUCAUUUGUAGACUUCAAUGGCGUGGUACCUGAAAAGUUUGAUGUAGUGAACAUGACCCACAGAGUGCAAGUGGAGUACGGAAACGUCGGUGUGGACUUCAAGUUUAUUCCACGUGAAGGUUUUGGAUGGAUGAACGCGAGUUAUCAGGUUGGACUUGGAUAUAUGGAUCGGCAAUUACGUCGUGCAUUGGGGGCUGUUAUGGAACCUGGUCAAGUUUUUAAGAAAGAACAAUCUAAACCUAUAAUAUAUUCUUAA